GCGGCAGGGAGGUGAGCGGCUGCUGGCCCUGAGGUCGCCGGGUUGGUUGUCUGUCUCGCGGCUGCUGCCGGGUGGGGCAGUUAGGGAGCCUCCCUUCUGCAAGCAUACUAGGGAUGCCCGGCCCCAGGAACCUUGAGCCUGGGGAGCUGCACCUGGAGCCUGCACCUGCCCUCCAGGGACGAGCGCAGAAGGAGGAUAUGGCCGCCAAGCUGAGGAAGAAGCGGCCUCAGGUGUCAGUGACGUUCGAGGAUGUGGCCGUGCUGUUCACCUGGGAUGAGUGGAAGAAGCUGGAUCCUUCCCAGAGAAUCUUGUACCGGGACGUGAUGCUGGAGAACUACAGCAACCUGCUCUCACUGGGACUCCCAUGUACCAAGCCAAAUGUCAUCUCCCUGUUGGAGCAAGGAGAAGAUCCCAUAGAGGAAGAAAGUCCUGGAGGCUUCUCUCUAGGAUGUAAGAGCAGACUUAAAACUGUAAAGUCAACACAAGCUCAAGACUCAUCAAGUCAGGAACAGAUGAAGAAAAGACUCAAAGGGGAUGAAUUCAGGGACCUCAUAUCAGGAAAACACUGUAUAUAUGAUGACAGAUUAAAGAAACCCCAAGACAAAAAUGAAUGUUUACAAAUAGUUUCAGACUCCCAUGUGAAAAACCUCAGUGUAGACAGAAGCCAUAAAAACAUUGAACCUGACCAAAACUUGAGCCUGAAGUCAGUCUUUGUAAAGGCACAGAGGAUUGCUAGAGAAAAAAUAUCCUCAAAAUACGUAAUACAACGAAAUACCUUCAAGCAAACUUCAAGUUUACUUACCCAACCAAAAGUCAAGACAGCAGAGAAACGCUAUAAAUGUAAUAAAUGUGAAAAAGCCUUCAUUCACAAUUCAUCCCUUCGCAAACAUCUGAAAAAUCACACCGGAGAGAAACUAUUUAAAUGUAAAGAAUGUUUGAAAGCCUUCAGCCAAAGUUCUGCUCUUAUUCAACAUCAAAGAACGCAUACUGGAGAGAAACCUUAUAUAUGUAAAGAGUGUGGGAAAGCCUUCAGCCAUAGUGCAUCCCUUUCUAAGCACCUAAGAACCCAUACUGUGGAGAAAUCCUAUAGAUGUAAAGAAUGUGGUAAAUCCUUCAGCAGAAGGUCUGGCCUUUUUAUACAUCAAAAAAUUCAUGCUCGAGAAAAUCCCCAUAAGUAUAAUCCAGGUAGGAAGGCAUCAAAUUGUAACACAGCUCUUUCUGGAUGUCAAAGAAACCUCAGAAAGAAGUCCUAUUUGUGUAAUGAGUGUGGCAACACUUUUAAGUCCAGUUCGUCCCUUCGUUAUCAUCAGAGAAUUCACACCGGAGAGAAACCUUUUAAAUGUAGUGAGUGUGGGCGAGCCUUCAGUCAGAGUGCAUCUCUUAUUCAGCAUGAAAGAAUCCACACUGGAGAAAAACCCUAUAGGUGUAAUGAAUGUGGAAAAGGCUUCACUUCUAUUUCACGACUCAAUAGACACCGAAUAAUUCAUACUGGAGAGAAACUGUAUACUUGUAAUGAAUGUGGUAAAGCCUUAAGUUCCCACUCAACACUGAUAAUUCAUGAGAGAAUUCAUACUGGAGAAAAACCUUGUAAAUGCAAAGUGUGUGGUAAAGCCUUCAGACAGAGUUCAGCUCUCAUUCAGCAUCAGCGAAUGCACACUGGAGAAAAACCCUACAAAUGUAAUGAGUGUGAGAAGACAUUCAGAUGUAACUCAUCCCUUAGUAAUCAUCAGAGGAUUCAUACUGGAGAAAAACCGUAUCGGUGUGAGGAAUGUGGGAUGUCUUUUGGGCAAAGUGCAGCUCUUAUUCAACAUCAGAGGAUUCAUACAGGAGAGAAACCCUUUAAAUGUAACACAUGUGAGAAAACUUUUAGACAGAGCUCAUCCCUUAUUGCACAUCAAAGAAUUCAUACUGGAGAGAAACCCUAUGAAUGUACUGCAUGUGGGAAACUCUUUAGCCAGAGGUCAUCCCUUACUAAUCAUUAUAAAAUUCAUAUUGAAGAGGACCCUUUGAAAAUAGAUUUGGAUGUGUGAAAGUCUUAAACCAAAGAGCAUCAACAAACACAUAUCUGAGAUUGAUUUACUAAAUAUGUGAAAACUUCUAAUUUAGUCUUCACCAGAUACUAAAUUCCAAGAGUAAAUCUUGUCCACGUCAUAAAUACAGAGAAAACUUUCAUACCUGUUAGUCACUUUUUAAAAUACCCAGACAUUUCACAAUUGUAGACAUUUAUAUUAGCCAUUUGUAAGAUAAAAGAUUAUUUUCUCAAUCUAUAGCACUGUAUGCUAUAUGCAGCAUAUAAACAGGAGGAAAAUCUGGGUAUGGUGGUACUAAAUUUCUCAUUGCUAAAGUACCAACUAUAAAAGCUGCUAGCAUAUUUAUUACAGGUAACAUUUUAGUAGCAAACAAAAAACUGAUCCUAAAUGCAUUUUUUACAGCAAAGGACCAAAUAAAAGAUAAACCACAAACUA